CGUGACGAUGACACAGCCUCCUCCGGCCCGGCACCAGCUAACUUCCGGUGGCUCAGGGAAACGGUGCAUUGUGGUCCGGCGUUUGUCCUUGGUUACAACCCGACAGCAAGAUGUUCGGAGUGAGGGCCUUGAGGGCUUUUCAGCAGCUUUCACAUCGAACUUUCAGCACUGCAGCCCGGCGGCAAGUGGAGAAUAAGGUUCCCGAGAAGCAGAAGCUAUUCCAGGCGGACAAUGGGAUGCCAGUCCAUUUAAAAGGUGGUGUGAUGGAUGCUUUGCUGUACAGGCUAACCAUGAGCCUCACUGUUGUGGGUACAGUCUAUGUUCUGUAUGAACUCUUCGACAUUGCCCUGCCCAAGAAGAAGUAAUAAUUAUGGCUUCCAGCCAUUGUGAACCCUUUGUUUCAUUCCACAACCCUGUCUGAAUGUUAAACUGUAAAUUAUCAGGGACCUUACUUUACAAGUGUCUGUUCACUGCUUAUGGGAACAGUCUUUAUUUGAUAAUGAAGCUUACAAAACUGAAAAAAUAAAGUGAUUUAUCUCUUG